AUGUUCCGCAAAGCUAGAAAGAGGACUCGUGAUGAGGGAGCAAUGGGUGGCUCUUCCUCAGAAAUGGGAUCAGGCGAAGUCGGGGACGACGGACUCAAAAAGAAGCCGCGCAACAUGGUGCUUGGGCUCGAAAGCCAUCUGGAAGAACAAAGGUUGGAGAAGCUAAUUUUCGGCAAUGCUUCGGAUGUCAUUGCGAAUUUGGAUACCGAUGAUGAACUGGAAUUCGAUGAGAGCCCUGAGCCAAGAAGGAGUCACACUGACCGGGCCAAACGGGUGAAUGAAAUCAUUGCAUCCCCAUCUGAGGAAGAUUCUGGUGUAGAAGAGGGUGAUUUAAGCCCUUCGACUGAGGAGGAUAAGACCAGGGAGCCAGUGUGGAUGGAUGAUGAUGAUGACAAUAUUCCAGUCAAACAGGCUUUUCAGUUACAAGGCAGAAAUCUCCAAGCAACCUCAAACAGCCAAGAAGAAUAUUCCAGCUUUCUGAAACGCAAGCAUGAUUCUUUGAUGGGCACCCCACGCUGGGCAGAGCUUGGGAAAACAAGAAAAUCUGACUCUGAUUCAGAAGAUGAAGACAAUAUUAUGCAGCACUCUGGACCUUUUCUCUCUCACCAAAGGCCGCUUAAUCUUCGCAAAGGAAUGCUUGAAUCCAAGCAGUUGAGAGACUUGAACGUGGAUACCAAUGUAGAGGGUCCAAUUAUUACCGCUACUGAAUUUCACCCCACAUCUACCGUUGCUCUUGUUGCUGGCCUUGGAGGUGCUGUGUCUAUUGUUCAGGUGGACGGCAAGACCAACACUAAGCUCCAAACAGUACAGUUCGAGCGGUUCCCCAUCCGAUGUGCCCAUUUCUCACAUGACGGCAACCAAUUCAUUGUGGGUUCCAGAGAUCAUGGACAUUUUCAUGUGUAUGACAUGAUGGUAGGCCGUUCAAUUAGAGUCCCUGCUGAUCACUCCGCAGGCAUAACAAAUAUGCAAAAUUUUACAAUGUCCCCAGAUGGGAGACUGAUUGCAGCACUGGGCCGAUAUGGGCACAUACAUCUUCUCACAGCUCAGAGUAAAGAGUGGGUGGGAAGUUUGAAAAUGAAUGCCGAUGUCAAAGCAAUCUGUUUUAAUAAAGAUGGAUCCCGCUUAUACUCUCAUGGAGAUGGUGGUGAAGUCUACAUAUGGGACAUGCAUUCCCGAAGUUGCAUUCAUCGAUUCAUAGAUGAUGGAUGUAUCACUGGAACAAGCAUUGCGGUAUCGCCAAGUGAUCAGUAUCUGGCUUGUGGUUCUUCAUCUGGGGUUGUCAACAUAUAUGAGGGCACAAAUAUUUUCUCCUCAGCAUCACCUCACCCAACCAAAGUUGCGUUGAACUUGGUGACCAAAAUUACAUCUCUCAAAUUUAAUGCCACAUCCGAGGUGUUGGCUAUGGCAUCUAUUGAAAAAGAUAAUGCUAUCAAAUUGAUGCACUUUCCAUCCAUGACUGUCUUCUCAAACUUCCCACACAUAUCAAAAAAUCAUAUGAAACCUCAAUGUCUCGACUUCUCACCUCAAAGUGGUUUUCUGUCUUUUGGUAACAACAAAGGGACGGCUCUUCUGUACAGACUGAAGCACUAUGGAAACUACUGAAAGUCUUAUCAGUGUCAGCUUUAACAGCAGCAAUUUGUAUAAAUGUAGAAAUUUUGAUGGUGUUUUACAAAUGUUGUUGCUUUUCUCACUCUGUUUAGUUUUAUUUUAAUAUAUCAGGUGAUUCAGCUGAGCUGUUCAUUUUUGUCAUAUGCUUUUGAUAAACAGAUCCGCACCAUUCUCCUGCGAGAUUUUUUGUUUGUUGGGAUUUAAUACUUGCAAAAAUUCACGUCUCAACUGAACCACCUGGUCAAUAAAGUGAAUAUGUAAAUUAUUUUAACAA